AUGGCAGCCACUUAUGGUCUCCGAGAGCUAUAUGGUGGAGCCAUUACCGUGCAACUGCCUGUCGAGCUCAUUGAUUCAAGCGACCUCCGUCAAAUUCCCGAUCAUCAAGAAGUGUUCCUGUCCCCAAGCAGCUUGACGUCCAUCAUCUUCGAGAUCAACAACUAUGUCAUCGCGCCGGACCCAGUCACUACAUCGACCACCACAACGUCAACAGCCAGUGGUAUCGUCACCACCUCGACCACCACUGCCGUGUUCUCCGAUGCUGAUAUCACUGCAGAACACGAUACCGACCUCGCCGCCGCGGCAUAUCAUUUCACUGACGUCAUCUCCCUACCGGAUACCCUCGCGAGUCCCCUUGGCCUUGCACAGAAGAUCACCAUGGCAUCGCCCAGCCUCGACAAGUUUCCAGCAUAUGUUCUUCCCGGCACGAUUAUCAGCUACGAACCAGUCAGACGACCUGGUCCAGGACAAAACCAACCACCACUACCACCACCAGCAAACCCUGCAGAUUCCGCCUCUCCGUCAACUACAAACCCCCCAGCUGCUUCAUCCCUCGAACAUCAGCAACAACUCCUGAUCAGACUACAGCCAUACGAAACAGAUCUAUGCGUUAGGAUCAACAUCCCCAUGAAAGAAAUCGCCAACGACGAGAACGAGCUGAAGCACGAGGAGAGGUUCGCCAGCGAAAUCUUAGAGCACAUAGUGGCCACCCUCGACGUUAAAGAUUUUGGACUAUUUGGCGUUUGA